AUAUAUAUAUAUAUAUAUAUAUAUAGUGCAGAAGGGCAAGGAAAAUUGAUCCCGUCCGCAUUUAUUUUAAUCUUUAAAUUGAGCCGGUGAAUUACAAUGGCCGAUGAAAGUGACAACGAUAAGUGCAAUAAUUUUAACGUGUUGAACUGGGAACAAGUGCAGCGGCUGGACAGGAUCCUAACGGAGACCAUCCCAAUCCACGGGCGAGGUAAUUUCCCGACGCUGGAGUUGAAGCCCCGGCAGAUUGUGCAGGUGGUGCGGCGUCGCUUGGAGGAGAAACGCAUCUGUGUGCGAGAUGUCAGGCUGAACGGCUCGGCGGCCAGUCAUGUCCUGCACCAGCACAGCGGGCUCGGCUACAAGGACCUGGACCUCAUCUUCAGGGCCGACCUGAGCGGCGACAAGGAGUUCCAGACCGUCAAGAACGUGGUGCUGGACUGCCUGUUGGACUUCUUGCCCGAGGGUGUGAACAAGGACAAGAUCACGCCGCUGACUCUGAAGGAAGCGUACGUGCAGAAGAUGGUUAAGGUUUGCAACGACUCUGACCGCUGGAGCCUCAUCUCGCUGUCCAACAACAGCGGCAAGAACGUCGAGUUGAAGUUCGUGGACUCUCUCCGGCGGCAGUUCGAGUUCAGCGUGGACGCUUUCCAAAUCAACCUCGACUCGCUCCUGCUCUUCUACGAGUGCUCCGAGAACCCGAUGUCCGAGCACUUCCACCCGAGCAUCCUGGGCGAGAGCGUCUACGGCGACUUCAGCCAGGCCUUGGAGCAUCUACAGCAGCGGCUGAUCGCCACCAGGAACCCGGAGGAGAUCCGGGGAGGGGGGCUACUCAAGUAUUGCAACCUGCUGGUGCGGGGCUUCCGCGCCGCCAACGAGAGCGAGAUGAAAGGCAUGCAGAGGUACAUGUGCUCCCGCUUCUUCAUCGACUUCUCCGACAUCGGCGAGCAGCAGCGCAAGCUAGAGUCCUACCUCCAGAACCACUUCAUGGGGCUGGAGGACCGCAAGUACGACUACCUGCUCACCCUGCAGCGGGUGGUGAACGAGAGCACCGUCUGCCUGAUGGGCCAUGAGCGGAGACAGACCCUCAACCUCAUCACCACGCUGGCCUUCCGUGUGCUGGCCGAGCAGAACAUCAUCCCUAACGUGGCCAACGUCACCUGCUACUAUCAGCCAGCACCUUAUGUCUCCGACGCCAAUUUCAACAACUACUACAUUGCCCACGUUCAGCCGGUGUUCCCUUGUCAGCAGCACAACUACUCCACCUGGUUACCUUGCAACUGAUUUUUGAGGGGGGAGGGAGGGAGGAGGAGAAAAAGGAGCACCAGGAAAGAAGAAGGGGGUAAGAACGACAAGGGGAGCAUUGGGGGUGAGAUUUGUGGCUCUAGUGGCCGAGACAGGAGAGGGAUUGAGACUGGGGUGGACUCUAUCUGUCAACGAUUGGGAAGUAGGGAGGAGGAGCGAGAUUGACCUAGGCUUGGCUUGUGACCUGCUUCCAGUUUUUUUUUUUUUAGCGUUAUUUUGUUUUAAAAUCAAAUUCAAAGAUUUUUUUUAAAAUUCGUGUUUGAAGAGGGUAGAUUUUGUUUUACUCUCAGCAACAAUAACAACCCCGAGCCUGGUUAUAGACAUCUUCGGCUGCAAGAAGCUAUCUUCUCCCCACACACUGGUUCUCCCCGCGCCCACUCCUUUCCCCGAGGUUUGAGUAAGAAAUGACAACAUGGGAUUUCAGCACCCAUAGCCUUUUCUCAUGAGGGUUGAAGAGCCUCUCGUUUCUCCCUUUAUUUGUUGUUGUUGUUGUUGUUGUUGUUUAGAUGCUGAUUUUUAGGGGCAAGGGCUCCUCGUUAAUUCCACCCCCUUCCCCAUUCUCGCCUGUUCUCCGACCCCUCGCUCAUCUGGUAAAUCCAAUGUAGCACAGGAGCCGAGCGCCGUGAAUAGCAAUUGCGUUUGGCUUCUGCGAGAGAGAGAGAGAGAGGGAGAGAGAGAGAGAUGGCGUGCGAAUGGGAACGGUUGCAAUUCGGCUUGCAAAACACUAUGGAUAAUGCACCGAGAGAUGCUGCUUCUUCACAGUUGCUUUUGUUUUUUGGUUGGUGUGUGUUUUAUUUCGGUGAGAGCUCUUCUUUUGUUUUCUCUCUUUGGAAUAAUCCCAAAAAAACGUUUGCUACAGGGAAAAAAAAAAAGAGUGAUUGUUGAUGAGAGAAGUCGCUCUUGUGCUAACCCGACGGUGGUCUCACAGAGAGAGAGAGAGAGAGAGAGACUGUUCUCACUGUUCAUAGAAACUCUGCAAAACGCUGUGACUAAUUAAGGACCAAAGAUUUUUUUUUCCGUUUUUAUAUAUCCAUAAUCUAUAUCUUGAAAAAAAAAAAACACAAAACCCAAGGAAAAAGAUGUGGCUAAUUUAUAUUUGUCUAUAUACGAACAUGAAUCAAGUGCCUAUGAAGAUGGAAUAGAGAUACUGUAUUCAAAUCUUGUGGCUUAAUCCACAUUUUUUCUUUACAUCAGGGACAAAAAAAAACCGUGUUCUUGCACGAAUUAUUAAAUUCCCUAUUUUCUUGGAAAAUACUUGUAUUAAAAAAAAAUCUUAUUUGUGAUAGUUUAAAGUAUGUAUGGUCUUGAACGGUGUAGCACUUAGGCAAGUAUUUAAACAAAGUACUCUAUAUUUUCCAGUUUAUAACAAGUUAAUUGGUGCUUUUUUUCCCCCUCGCCCCUGAUUACAGGUACUGUGUUGCAGCUGUAUUUGAGUUUCUAAAGUUAAAGCCUAGAUGAGUGUCUUUAAAAAAAAUUAAAAAAAAAAAAAAGUUGGGGGGUGGUUGGGAGUGGAAGACUAAUUUUUGUUUAUUUGGUUGGUUUUGGUGGAGUACAUAAUUUAGCAAACCCUGCUGAAAGCCAGCGAUUGGCAUUCGCUGAUCCGGCAGCUAGCUUAGCAAAUGAAUUGAACGAAAAAAUAGCUGGCCCCGUGCUUGAUGAAGAAGAAUAGUACAUUUUGGAUAUGGUUGAUUUGACUUGUCACAGGCGGGCAUCCAUUAAUUUAAUUUGACAGUUGUUAAGAACAAGCCUAUUUCUGACCACCAAAGAAAACAAGGAAACCCUGACAAUGGCUUUAAACUUGAUGAUAUUGGAAGCGAUUGGGGAAACUGAGCCAGUGACUGACUUGCAAAUAACAUUCUACGGGUUCUGCAUAUUUGGCAGGUCUGCUUCAAUGAAGGGAAAAAUCGUUUGACUCUACGCAACAAUAAACCCGUUCUAAAUUGCGCUGCAAUGUUAACUAUUUGACCAAAACAUGCAAUGUUCAUUCCCUUCUGUUUUGCAACAAUUUAAAAGAUAUAAAUGUAUAUUAGUUUCAUAGUAAAUGAAUUUUUGCUUCCAAGUGCUUGGCAGCAGAAUGCUAUGCCUGAUAUGCUGGGGCUCAACGUUUCAAUGCUAAAUUUGCCUUUUUCAAAGUUUCCCCUUUUAAAACAAAACAGUGCCCGUUUCCAAGGUUUGUAAUCACCGUUUCCUGUAAUGCAAUGGCUGCAAGCCCACCAAUAAUUGCAAGUUUUGCAAAGAAUGGGUUGGCGGAGGGGAAGGAGGGGGGGGGGGGGGGUAGUAGGAAAAUAAAAACUUAGCACUUUGAAUCCAGUCAAGGACUUUGAGAAAUAUUCUCCGGUUUGCAAAGCGAGGGAAAUGCCAGAUGAUGAGUAAACUAUUUUUUAACAAAUGCUUGCUUGAAUCGUCUGUUCUGAAAUCUUGCUCAGUUAAAUGAAAAGUCUCUUAUCUGGAGAUUGGGGGGGGGGGAAGUUAGAAGUCCACAACUCGAGGGGAUUUUCUGUGUCUAUAUCAAGAGCUCCAUUUGUUUACUAUUGCAUAUUACUUAUUCAUUCUGCAGUGUUUGACAACGAAGUGCAGCACUCUGAUGUUUACUUGAGAAAAAUGAAGGGUGGGGGGUAGGAAAUUCCUUCUCUCUUCUACAUUAUAUGGUGUGUAUCUUGCUGUUUAUUUGGUGUAAUACUAAAGUGAUUGAUCGUGUUAAAAGGUUUUGUAUCCUUCAAUUCAUAAAGAGUGGAUGCCCAUAGAUAGGUAGUCUGGCAGCUGCAAUGUGAGGCUUUGACUGGAAAGGAGAGGCCAGGGGGAAAUGGGAUCAGCUGGUGACAGGGUAUGUCCAUUAUUGUUGGUGACUUUAAAUAACCAUAGAUCACAAUCAUGUGGGUCCCUUGUGGGAUUGCUUCCAGAGCAGGCUGUAGGUAUUAA